UUCUGUAGGUCUUCUUGAACCGCAGAUGCCCUACCUCCAUUCAAAGCAUGCACAAAGACACACACACGGGGAUGUUUCCAGCAGCUUGAUGACUGAGCUUUAGCGUCAGAGCAGCGGUACGACCCGACACUCCUCAGGGAGAAGAAAGGUCAGGACACUCUUCAUCAUUAUUAACUGGCUCCAUAUAGCUGCACCUGCUUUUACCAUCGACAGAGACUGAGAAGGAGCUAAAUGCGAUAUUAAUAUCCUGGGAAUAUUUUUGAUCACUUUGCCUCCAGCUCUCCAACAUCAGACCUUUCACACGAGGUGGAAAACAGACAAUUUCGCGGUUUGAGGAUUGUGCAGACACUGCUGAUGAUGAUUUGGUGCUUCCAGACUGUACUGUUGUUCAUAGCUCACCUGGUUCUCUCAGACUGGGCCCCGGCUGACCCCCCAACCCAAAACAGCUUCUUCUACAGUGACUACCUCAAUGAAAGCGGCAAUAACGAACUUCAUUUUAUUGGUAUGAAACUCCACGUGGACUCUGCUGAGCCAUCAGUGCUUUCCGUCAGAGGGGGUAAUGCGACCCUACAAUGCAGAUUUUGGUAUGAGCCUGUGCCGAGCUUACCAAGGGAGGUCCGGGUCAAGUGGUCCUGGCUGCCUGCCGCUGGGGGACAGGAGACUGACGUGAUCGUGGCUUUCGGCACUCGAUUCCGAAGUUUUGGAGAUUUCAGGGGUCGUGUGCAGCUCCGACAGGAUUUCCCAGGAGAUGCUGCACUUGUGUUGAAUAAACUCUGGCUGAAUGAUACAGGUCGCUAUCGGUGUACUGUGGUGGAUGGACUGGAGGACCAAAGCACAGUGGUUCACCUAGAGUUACAAGGUGUGGCGUUUCCCUACCAACACCCUCGGGGUCGUUACCAUCUGAGCUUCCUGGGAGCCCAGCAAGCCUGUAAGGAGCAGGACUCAACAGUGGCCACCGUCACACAGCUCUUCCAGUCUUGGAAAGAGGGAAUGAACUGGUGCAAUGCCGGCUGGCUGGCUGAUGGGACAGUCCAGUACCCGAUCACGCAGCCCAGGGAGCGCUGCGGGGGAGCCCGCCUCGCCCCGGGUGUCCGUCGCUACGAUAGACUUCACCUCUACCCUAAUCACUACGAUGUCUUCUGUUUCUCCUCUUUGCUCCAAGGGAGAGUCUACUACCUUCAGUCCUCUCACAAGAUGAACCUGACUGAAGCUCAGCAUGCGUGUCAGGAGGACGGAGCAGAGAUUGCCAAAGUUGGACAGCUGUACUCUGCGUGGAAAUUCACGGGGCUUGACAGCUGUGAUGCCGGCUGGCUGGCCGAUGGAAGCGUUCGCUAUCCCAUCACCAGACCUCGAAGUAACUGUGGUCCGUCUGAGCCAGGGGUACGCAGCUUUGGUUUCCCACCUCCACAGCACAAGCAUGGAGUCUACUGCUACAAGUUAGAUACUGAAAGAGUGUAGAUCUCCACCCAUCCUUGGUGGGCCAUAACAUUUAAACAUUUUUUAAAAUUAUUAUUAUAACCAACAAGAGGUUUAACACUGUAGACGAGAGCACUUCUGCAGUCAGCAAAACAUCUACAGGUUCACAAGAUGAUGAACAGAAGAAACUUUAAUGCUACAACAUUUAAAAAAAAAAAAAAAAAAAAAAAA